AAUCAGCAAUUUGAUCCCAGAAAGAUUCGAGAUGCAGUUUUGGAAGAAGCUAGGAAUGAUUAUGAAUCUAAAAUAAGAGAAUUAGACACUAAUGCAGAUAGACUACGAGAUCAGUAUAACAACUUGCAUUAUGAAAAUGCAAUUUUAAAAUCUAAAUUUGAUUCUCGAGACAUUGAAUUCUCUCGUACUGUUGAAAAAAUUCAAUUAGAACAUUUAAUUGAAGUAGAACGAUUGCAAAACAAAAUAAAGAAUUUAGAGAGAGAAAAAUCGACACCAACAGAUUCCUAUGCUGUUGAUCUAAAGUCUGCUAAGAGAGAAAUUUUAGAUUUAAAUCAAAAAAUUAAAGGUUUCCACUCCGAAUGUGAUGAUUUAAGAGCUCAAAAUGAAAAUCUUACUCUUCAAAUUAGUGCUCUUACAAGGUCAAAUUCAAAACAAACAGCUGAUAAUACUAAUAACUUAAGAAUAUUAGAGGCUGAAAAAGUAAAGGCAAUGAGACAGUUAGAAGUUUGUGGAAGGGAGUUAUCAAAUUCUCAAGAGCAUCGAAAAGCUUUGAAUGUUGAACUUCAGAAGAGUAAGCAGGAAAUACUAUCAUUGCAAACAAGGAUUGAAGAAAUUGAACUCAAUUCCAAGGUUAUCCAAGCAAACCUUCAGGCUGAACUGCUGCAUUUUAAAUCCCAAUAUGAAUCUGAACAUGAGCAGCUAAUUGAGGAAAUUACAAGGUUACGAAAAGAAAACACAAAUCUUGAUGAAAGUUUAUCUCAGGAACGACAAAUCAUGUUUUCAAAGGAACAAGAUUUUAAAAAAGAUUUAAUAACCUCUAGGCAACAAUACUGGAAGCUAUCAAAUGAAAAAGAACAGGAAAGGGAAAUGCUAGAACGAAAAAUUAAGGAACUAGAAGUCAGCAAAGGCAGCCACAUAGAAAGUCUUGGCCGUGAAAUACAAAAUUUGCAGCAACAAUUGCAUGCAUGUAGUGUGUUGAAAAUUGAGCUUGAAAAAGAGAUCACUGCAAUGAGAGGACAAGUUGGAAAACAGCAGCAGAAUAUUGGAAUUCAAAAUAGCACAGUUCCCCAAGAGAGUCUACAAAUUCAAAAAGAAAUACAAGAACUGAAAAAUAAGUUCCAAUCUCUUGCUGCGAAUUUCCAGAAACAAGAGGAAUCUAAAGACUCAUUGAAUCAAGCAUCAAAUAUGAGAAAUAAUCAAAUGGAGAAAGAUCAUGAGAUUUUACAAAUGAAAUUGACGUGGGAACAGCAAAAGUUGCAUUUUCAGCAGCGUCUGGAAGAGUUAGAAUCACAGUUAAGAGAAUGCAGAAGCAAUUCAGUUGCUGAGAAGAGAGAACUUGAAUUUAAACUGAAGCAAUACACUACUCAAGUUUCUAAGCUGAAAGAAAAACUUGAUGUUCAGAAAGAAAAGUUGCACACUCAAAAAGAAUUAAUAGAAAAAUCUGUCCCUGCUGAAGUUCAUUUCCAAGUCAGAAAUGAAUUUGCAGAAUUACAGAAACGUGUUGGGGAUUAUAUAAAGUUAGUAACUACUGAACCAGGAAGUCUUUUGAAGCAGCCUGUAUCUUCACAAAUGAUACCUGGAAAAAUGCUUGCAGAUAUUAAAAAUACCGAUUUCCGAUCUUUCUCUGAACAUGCUGUUUAUAGAAAAGAAGUUAAUGUGCCUUCAGAAGUUAAAGAAAUUGAUAAAAACUUUUCUAAAAAGAAGUCCGUCCUCUCUCGUCGAAGACCCUCUAAAACCAAAGAGAAAUUUUUGAUUCCGAAAGCCAUAAGUCCUGUUUUAUCAUCUAGCAGUGAUAUUGACUGGGAAAACUUAUAAUAAAAGUUGAAAAAGAAUAAUGACUUUAUGGAAGAAUACAUUUUCUGUGAUACAUUUAUAAUUGAUUUUAAUGUGCAUGAAAUGUGCAAUUUUUUUUAACAUAUGAGAUAUUUGAAGAGUUUCUUAAACUUUUUGUUUGUUUAGUAGUACAGUAUUUUUACAUAAUUUU